AUGAAGAAAAGCGACGAAAAGGACGGCGAGGCCGAGGAGAAGCUUCUCGGCGACAAUCGUCCCAAUCAAGUCUCAAAAUUGCAUGAAAGUUGAUAAUUUAUCUUUUUUUUUAUCAGUUGGAAGAUGAUUUCGGCGACGUCGUGAUGGUUCUGGAGAACGAUCGGCUGAAAAUCGCCCACAAGGAUCACAAUGAUUUGCAGAGUCCCUUGCGUAGUAUAACGGUGAUUAGACUAUUUUGAUGAUUCUGUAAGACAUUUAAAAAAAAAAAGACUUUGAAAAAUUCUUAGAGGGUUUUUUGAUUUUUUUUUAUGAUUUAGGUGUAUUGAAAAUCCAUUUUGCAGUUUUUCUUUGUCUUCUAACCUGUCUUUUUUGAUAUUCUUGGCCUUCAGGCGUUCAAGAACCAACUUUUCUUUUGAAAAAAAGCAAAAUUAUUGAAGUCGUCAUUUCAUACUUAGGAGUUCAGAGUGGUCUCUAUAGGGGCAAUCUUAUGGUUCCCCUUGAAGGUUCCCCUAUAGGGACCACUAAAGCUCGCAAAGUGGCCCCUACAGGGGACAUUUCUGUCAAUUAUUGUUAUGAACUCUAUGAAAAGAAGCAAUUAUAUGCACAAAACGCGAAAUAUCAGCCUUAAAUUAAAAAAUAAUAAUUUUAUUAAUCUUCAAGUAAGGACAAAAAUCCCUAAAGGGAUCACUCUGAAACUCUUGAGUAUAGUGUGUUCCGCAAGCAGUAGAAAAAAAAGCCACCGUAAACCUAACCUUCGCUCUUUUUGCACUACGAGACGGAAAAAAGCAAAGGUCUCGGAGCGAAGAUUGUUACGGUCUAUUGGCAGAGAUAAAAACUUGACAUGCUGGCUCGGAAUGGGCUAUAUAUUAUCAGCCAAUGGGGCCAUUACUACACUGGAUAGAAAUAUAAAAAAUAAUUUUUAGGACGUUCUGAAAAUGGCGGAGAAUAUCAUGACGGAUGGACCGCUCCAGGCUGCCACCACACGGGGACAGGUCAUUGUGGAUCAGGUCGACGUCGAGUUUUGGUAGAAAAUAUUCUUGUUUUCUGCAUAUAUUCACAUUUAUUCAGAAAAAUGGAUUAUGGAAACAAAUUCGGUAUUUUUCCCAACAUUAGAUCUAUACUUAAAUUAAGAAACCUAAGCAGAAAUAAUACGCUUUGGAGGUGUUUUGAAAUCAACAUGAUACUGAUCUUUCUUAUCAAAUAGACAGAAGUGCGGUCAUAUUGUACUUUCGAAAAUAAGAAAAUAUUGACAUUUUUAGUUUUUUUUUUCCGCAGCCUCCAAAAAAAAAAAAGAAAUAUUCAGCCCGAAAACCAUGUCCGGAAACGUCCCGAUCGAAAUUAUCGUCCGUCACAAUAAAGUCACGGAGCAGCCGGCGAGUGAUAGUGACGACGAAGGUCCUUCGUACAGGCCCAGUCGACUUUCUACAGUUCACGAAGGUGAGAAAAAAUUGCAGGGUUUCUUUUUUGAUCAAUCAAUCAAUAUUCAUUUCAUCGAUCAUUGAGCUCAAAGUUGAUCAAUUUUAUCCAAACAUUGAAUUUUUCUUUUUUGGUCAAUAGUCAUUUUAGAGUUUAUCAAUAGGCCUUCGUAGAGUUUUCACUAUAUCCAUAAAAAACAGGCUAUUUUGAAGUUUUUAACCCCAUAGUGGGAUCUAUAGGGGCAACUCUGAAGGCCCUUGAAGGGUUCCCUCGAGGGCCCACUUUAUCAACCCCUAUAGGGACCACUUAAGCUUCAGGGGCAAGACUCUAGACACCUAUAGGCACCACUUUUUCGGUCCCCCUAGGGGCUGUCAACUUUAUUCAUUACUACUAGGUCAUAGUAGAGUUUAAAAAUUCAAAAAUAUAACCAAUAAUUUUUAUAUAUUCCAAAAAAAUUAAACCAAAAAGAUUUCACGUCUCUACCCUUCUCAUUUCCAAAAUAAUCUCCUUGUCCUUGUUAGGCGAAGAAUCGCGGGACGAUCUGCCCGGCCCCAGCACCGGGACGACGAUCAAAAAGAACGGCUCUUGGAAAAAGGGACACCGUCGGGCUUGGAGCAUGCCCAACGCCAAGGGCGAGAAGAUGUCCCUGGCUGUGAUUCAGGACAAUCACGAGGUGAUUUCGGGGUGUAGUAACGGUUUUCUGAGGUAUUUUUUUGGGUUAUUUUCCGAGAGAAAUGCCCAAAAUGUUUCCAAAUGAAGAUUGAUGUAGAUCUUACUGCUAUGUUUAAAUAGGUAUAUUUAUAGACGUCUUAAAAAUUUUUUUUUUGUUCUUGUGCUUUCAUGAGGAGUUUUUGAGACGAAUUUCAAGUUUUUUCACACAGAGAUUUUUCGAAAAACGUGCAAAAAUUCAUUUAAAUCAAGGCUAUAUUAACCUAGGCUUCAUCAAGAAAAGGUGAAAAAUUUUGUGGUGAUACGCCAAAAAUUAAAGUUUUAUUGAAAUUUUAUGUCCCUUUCUGAUUGAGGAUACUUUUCAAGAUGAUUUCGGCGGAAAAAUACAAUUUUUUUUUUGAGGUUCAGUGUUUCCCCAAUGUAAAAAAAGUUGUAAAUGUGAGAAAGCCAUGAUUUUGAUCAGUUUCUUUUUGCUUUCUGUUUGUUUUUUUGCACGUCAUAAAUGAUUCCACAUGCGAAUGGGUCAUAUGGAACGGAUUAUUCAAAUUUAUCGUGCUGUCCUUUUUUCCUUGCGCAUAUUGAAAAGCGUUAAUUUCCUCACGAUUUCAACCUAUGAUUUUCUCUCUUCUUUUAAAAACUUAAUUGUUGGAUCUGAAGAAGGGUUAAUUAUAUGGUAGGAGGGUAAGAUAAAUCUGCGAUUUAAUGAUAAGAUUAAGAUCUGAGCUUUUCUGAAAUUUAUAAUAACAUAUCCAGUCUUAGAUUUUUUUCUGAGUAAAGUCGUUAUUUUGAUCUUAAGUUUAGUUCAAAAGAGGAAUUUUCACAAAAUUUUUUUCGAAAAAAAUAUUCGAUUUUAGUUUCAGAAAGUCUUGAAUGAAAAAAAGAAAAAAGAAGCUCUAACAAAAAUAUUUAUCCCAUGUGAAAAAAAUGGUAGGAGAGUUGGAAGAUAUAAGAAAAAAAGGCCUUUUUUUCGCUAUUUUUUUCUAGUUUCAAGGUUCUCAAAAAAAUAAAUUAAUAUUCAAUCAUAAAAAAACGUAUGGAAAAAUAAUUUUGUGAGAACGUUUCAUAUAACGAUUCUGUGGGGGCCGUGAGAAAAAUAUUUGAUCACUUCAUACAGUUCCGUCAGAAAAGCUACGAAAAGCAAAAAUCGAUGUUUCGAUCACAACUUUCUUGUAUGUAGUUUAAUCUUUUUGAAACUCCCAGGGCUUGUGAUGACUGAUAUUUUUAUCACCUUGGCCGUAGAGAAAAAAAACUCAGAUGAAAAAAAGUUUCAGAAAGGGUGCUGCAUAUCUGCAUUCCGAGCAAAAAAUUUUUCAUAAAUUUUCCGACGGUUCAGUGAUUUUUAAAUGCCAUAUAGCUUUGGAAAAUCAGAAUUCGAAGAGAUUUCGAAAGUAUAGGCACUGAUAGGAAUCCGAAGAGUUAUCUGAUAGUUUAUACCAUCUUUGAUAUUCAGCAAGACGGAAACCGUCAUCGCCGUAGAAUCGUGAAAUAUCGACUCCAACCGAACAAAAGAGGCGAUGCCGGCGGAGAAAUGACCAGCGCCCCGUCUUCAGUCCCAACUGCUUCCCGAGUCUGCGACCUCCGCUUCGAAAUGUCAGAUGAGGAGGACGAACUCGAGGUUUUGGAGCCGUUCAGACCUUCCUGAAGAAGUUUUCUAGGUUGAAAUCAACGAGGAGGAAGUUAUCAUUCCUGGAGAAUCAGGGAAAGGCGCCAGGACUGUCGUCAAAAGGGUGGGUUUUUUGGUUUUUCUGUGUUCCAUAGGCAAAGUCGGUACCCAGAGCUUUUGAAAAUUCACCCUGAAAAGCUGAGAAAAAUUUUCUUUUGCAUUCUAUCAUAGUUGAAUAACGGCUGGCUUUAGCCAUCGAAAUAAGGGUCCUGACACGAUUAAAGAAGAGACAGUGCGUGGUUAGUGGAGAGCACAGACAGGCCACGCCUCUUUGCGUCCUAGUAUCAAGUUUGAGUUCUAGAGGCAAAGUCGGCGAGAUUUAACUCAAAUCUCCCAAAAAUAGCUGAGAAAAAGGCUCUUUUCACGCCCUCUUUUUACCCUUUUUUGGCCCUUCAAAACCCCAGUUUUCAGUUCUGGGAAGCUCGCUGGAAGGCCACGAACUUCGAAACCCUCCCCGACUGGCUCCAGGACAAUGAAUACCUCAGAACCGGCCAUCGUCCCCCGAUCCCGUCUUUCAGCAACUGUUUCAAGAGCAUUUUUGCACUUCACACCGAGACCGGAAACAUCUGGACCCAUAUGUAUGGUAGGUAUUCGGGAAAGUUACCAAGGAGAAGAAAAAAAAAGUUGAAACUAAAAGAAAAAAAAUCUUUCUUUUAUGGGUAUAUUGGUCACAGUAUGACGAGAUUUGGAAUUAGGAAACAUAUUCUUUACUGUAAAAUGAAUAGGUGGUAUAUCUAUGAGGUAGCCAGGUAGGUAAGAUAAUGUCUGUCAAGUGCGUUACUCAAGAAAAUCCUGGGAAUAUUUGGAAGGUAAGCAGCAGGUGAGUUGAAGCUAGAAGUUCUUGAGAAAGCCUCAAAAAGGCGUUCAGGUGGUGCUUGGAAAAUUAAAAAUUAAAAAAUGCCUGCCACAAGCCUUCUAGCAGGCUUCUGGAAGGUUAGUAGAAGAUCUUGGAAAGCUAUAAGCAUGACGACCUCUUGAUGAAAACUUCCAAACGCCUUUUGAAGAACCAAAAACAGAACCUUUUCAAUUUCUAACCUGACCUAGGGGAAUAUCAAGAAAUCUUUUCGAAAAUCAGAGGAGAAGGAUUCCUUCCAGUAUUUUCACAUAUCACUUGGAACUGUUGAAAAUUGAAGGUUGCGUGGCGUUCAUCGGAGUGGGUCUCUGGUGCAUGACCCGUCCCAGCGACCAGGUCCAGUGGAUCGAGAAGCUGAUCUACUCGAUGUUCUUCAUCGGAGCCGUCGUAUGCCUCGGAAUGUCCUUCGUCUUCCACACGGUCGCCUGCCACUCGGUCGAAGUCGGCAAGCUGUUCAGCAAGUGAGUAGAUUCAGUGCGUGAGGGGGAGGAUUUGAGAAUUUUCUGAUUUUCUAUUUUCUACGUUUUAGCUGAUAUUCAGGGAAUCCUAGAACCUUUCGAAAUUUUUUUUAUGAAGUUGAAUGUAUUUUCCUGAAUUUAGGCUCGAUUACACGGGUAUAACUCUACUAAUUGUUGGCUCAUUUGUCCCCUGGAUCUACUUUUCGUUCUACUGCCGUCCACAGCCGAUGGUCAUCUACAAUUUCAUGAUCAUCUCCUUGGGCAUCGCUGCGAUGGUCGUCUCCCUGUGGGACAAGUUUGCCGAGCCGAAAUUCAGGUUUCUUUUUGCCUUUGAAUAGGGAAAACGGAAGAAAAUAAAUAACUUUCCAUAACUUUUGAUGGAUUGAGAAAUUUUAAUAAUGAAUAGGUGGAUGUUGUGGGGAAAAAAUGAGAUGAAAAUGAGAUUGCGAAGAAUUUUAGUGGCCACUUAAGAGGUUCCUUUGGGGAUACUUUGCAAGGAAACUUGAGGGUCUACUACAACUACCACUAUAGAAGCCACUAUUUCACCUACUCGAUUAGUUUUUAGUGAUCUAGUAGCAUAAUUAAGGUCACUGAGUUUCAGCCACUUGAGUGCCCACUAAUUUAACUACUGUAGGGGUCACUAAAGAGUUUUCCAGGAUUUAGAAGUUUGUCCCAAGAUUUACAUUAAAAGGUUAUACAGUUAUUCAGGAUUUUUUCUUUUUUUCAAAUUUUUUUAAUAGAUUAUCAAUUAUCAAAGAACAGGAGGGAGCAAUAAAACACCGUCGAAGAAAAAUCAAAAAUCAUAAAGCCAAAAAUUUAGUUUCUUGCAUUUCUAUGCAUUGAUGAUAGGUCUUCGAAUUUUUCUUCUGCCUUCUUUUGAAGCAAUUUGAAAAAAAAAACAAAAAAAAAGUUUUAAUCACUUAAGAGGCCACUAAGUCAACUACUAUAGAGGUCACGGAAGGGUUUCCCACGAUUUUUAAGUUUAACAACACUCAAAGAUUUACAUCAAAGGGUUACACAGUUGUUCAGGAUUUUUUUACUUCAUUUUUUUUUUUUGCAAUGCCGGCGAAGAAAAGUCAAAAAUUUAGUUUCUUGCAUUUCUAUGCAUUGAAGAUAGGCUUUCAAAUUUUUUCUCCUAGAUUUAUUUUGAAGCGUGUUUUCUAGAUUUUUGAGCUAUGGUUUAUUUUGACAAAUAUUCCAAGAACUUCAUUCAAAUUUUCACAGACCGGUACGAGCUGGCGUUUUUUUGUGGCCAUGGGACUCUCUGCGGUCGUUCCCGCGGCUCAUUUACUCAUCACUGAUGGGCUGACAUAUAUGUUCCAGAAGGUGAAUAGUUUCGUUUGAAAUCUCAGAUUUUAUCGAAAAAUUUCUAGAGAAAUUGAUGUGGGAGCUUCUGGAAGAGAAUUGGAAAUCAUAGGGAUAUUUCUGAUCUUUUUUUUUCGACAGUUUAGGUAGAGAAUGAUUUUUGAAAGUCUCUAAAGUUCUCCUUUUGAUAUAUUAACCGAGAAAGUGAAGGCUCCUGCAAGUUAUUCGAUCAGAAGAAUGUUUUUCAACCCUUAAACCAGCCAGAAAGGACAAAAUUUUCCCUUUAGGCCUCACUCCAUUGGAUGCUCAUCAUGGGAGCCAUGUACAUUGGUGGCGCUACCAUUUACGCAACUCGGAUUCCGGAACGUUGUUUCCCCGGAAAGUGCGAUCUUUGGGUGAGGAAAAUAGUCCAAGAAACUGUCUGUCCUAUCUGGGCUCUCUUCUCUCUCACCGACAAUAAAAAAUAGCAUUUAAACGUGAGAGAGUGGGUUGAAGAGGGUGCAGAGAAAUUACUUGCAUUUUCUGUGAACAUUUUUAGUGGCCACUAUAGGGUUUUGACGCUUUAGUGGCCACUGUAGUAGCCUAGUUAGUGGUCAUUUUAGAAGUCUAAUUGGUACUACUAGGCCACUAAAAUGCUCUAGUGGCUUCCAUAGUGGUGGUUUUAGUGGCCACUUCAGUGUCCUCCCCAAGUAGUCAUUGAGGAACCUUUCAACUGGCCACUAUAGUUCUUCCCAGUCAUCUUAUCUAGCGGCCACUUAAGAGGCUCCUCGAGGACUACUUCGAGGGGACACUCAAGUGGUCGCUGAAACCAUCUUCAUAAAAGCCACUAUCUUGCGUUUAAUUGGCCACUAUAGUGGUUUUUCUUAGUUUAGUCCAGUGAAUUUUAGCCACCUAAGUGGCCACUAUUUUGACUACUAUAGUGUCCACUAAAAAAUCAAAACCCUAAAGUGCUCACUGAAAAUUGUCCCAGUUCAGUUCCAAUCCCAUCAACUUUUCCACACGUUUGUCGUCAUCGCCGCCUUCAUCCAUUACCAUGCGAUUAUCGAGAUGGGAAUGAUCAAAAUGAUGGAUGGAUCGUGUCCCGAACAGCUUCUCGAGCAGUAAGAUUCCAAUUUCGUUUCCUAGGAACUGAAAUUCGCCAAAAAACAUGCUGAACAAAGUUAAAAAUCGAGAUUAAAACCAAAAAAAUGAGUUCAGAGUAGGAAUUUUUCUGGGAAUUCUUUUAACGGGAGCAAAAGAAACUUACAGUUUUUUGCCAUAUUCUAGAUAGUAUCAAAAAAUGCGAAAAAAGGCUGGGAAACACUUUAGUAGUCACUUAAGAUACUCCUUUACUUAGAGAGGACCCUAAAGUGGCCACUAAAACAAUCCCUAUAGGUACCACUAUGUUGCGGCCACUAUUGUAGCACAACAAUGGCCACUAGAACGUCAAAACCCUAAAGUGGUCACUGAAAAUUUUACCAGGAAAUGAGAAAUUACGACACUUUUUCGUCAAUAGAGCAACUUUACUGCGCUUUCAUGGGAACAAUUUUAAUUUUUUUCUAUGAGAGUAGGAACUUUUUGUGAAAUUUCAGUAGGCCGGAAAUCCCCCAUAAAAAAAGGAUGCGAUUUUUUUAAAAAAGUGAAAUUUGAAAAAUUUGAAGAUACGGAUCGGAAAAAUCAUCCGUCUUGGCUCGGUGGACUCCUUGGAAUCGAUGA